UUCACAAUUCCGAAUUCAGUUGACCAGCGUAGACCGAAGAGAGAGCGUACAUAAAUUCAAAGCGCGACAACUAGUUGUACCCGUGAUCCCCCUGGUUAUUUUAUAAUAUUAACGUAACCAAAGGUCAAAUGUACAGCUAAAAAUACAACAUAAUCGUUUCUUUUUUAACUGUGUAUACAUAAGUUUCCUUGAAAGAUCUUGAAUUAGGUAAAUAUGUGUAGAAAGAAAGUGUCCAUGGUAACAACCGAGUGAAAAGAUUACGGUAAUAGGAAAUGAAAAACAAUGUUAAUAGAUUAAUGCGUGGGUGACGCCGUGGAAAAAUGGUAACAGGUUACCAGUGGGUGAAUUUUGUUGUUUUGUUUUUAUUGCUGGACAAAGUAAGCGUAUCUUCUGCACGUCCUGAGGCAAAAUCAAAAGGGAACAAUACUAUAGUUAAACUACUGGUUUCAGAAGAAUAUAGUAAUAAGACCAAGCCGAGGAUCCUGACACAUCCACCUAACGUAGAUUUUUAUGGCCAGGAGCAAGAAAUAGUCUUUCCAGACUCCAUAGCUGACAGAAUAGAUGUCCCAAUAAGGUUGGGCCUUCCCAAAUGUUCUUCAGAAGGGCUACCUUUUUGUGAGGAGGUCGAGACUUACCCUUACACUCACAUCAAAAGGGUGCUUCAGAGAAAUACAAUUUUAAAAUCGUUGUUUGGUCAAGAUGAGGCACCGGAAAUUGCAAGCCGUUUAGGAGAUGAAGAUGAAAAAUUUGUGUGCAGAUCAGUUAAGCAAACGAUUUUUCCAAAAAUGGGAGAAACGAAAAAUAAUAAAUGGAAAUUUAUUAUAAACCAAGGGGAUGAUGAGGAAGGAUUCGUGCAGGGAGUCCAGGUGGAAAUUUGUAAAAAUCCAGAAGGAGAAUGCGACAUUCCAGGAAAUCCAAUGUUAAAUCCCGGCUAUACAUUAACUUGCAAACAAAAAUACGUGUAUCGAAGAUUGUUAUCUAUAGAUAACAAAGGCGAACCAGUGCAGGACUCUUUUAAAAUGCCCUCUGCAUGCUGUUGCGCCUAUAAACAAAAUUUUGACUUUUUAACGAGGUUAGGAAAAAGCGCUUCUACAAAAGCACCUAAAAAGGAACAAGCGACAACUGUAUCUUAGAUAGUGAAUCAUUAGUUUUAUAUGGUUGUAUAUAUUUUUUUUAUUUUUAUUUAUUAGUUUUUUUAUUUAGUGUUAUCAGUUAAAUCAUGAAUAAACAUUUCGUAAUUUUA